AAUCGUCCCUUCACUUGUGUAGCAGGCUGAGCCAGGAUAGUGGGAGGACUCGGACCAAGCUGACUAUGGAAGAACUGAAAGCAUUUGUUCAACAGCUAUUCAGCCUACCCUGUGUUAUCAGCCAAGCCCGACAAGUAAAGAACCUGCUGGAUGAUGUGGAGGAGUUUCAUGAGCGUGCUCAAGAGGCCAUGAUGGAUGAGGUCCCAGACUCUUCCAAGCUGCAAAUGUUGAUAGACAUGGGUUCUGGCCUCUAUGUGGAACUUCCUGAACUGCCGCGGCUGAAGCAAGAACUGCAGCAGGCACGUUGGCUGGAUGAGGUGAGGUCCACCCUUUCAGACCCCUUGAGGGUCACCCUGGAUGUGAUGAAGAAGCUGAUUGACUCAGGUGUUGGGCUGGCACCACAUCAUGCUGUAGAGAAGGCCAUGGCUGAGCUGCAGGAGCUGCUUACUGUCUCUGAGAGGUGGGAGGAGAAGGCCAAAGUCUGUCUACAGGCAAGACCACGUCAAAGCAUGAUGGCUCUGGAGGGCAUCGUGAACGAAGCAAAGAACAUCCCAGCUUACCUGCCUAAUGUACUGACACUGAAAGAAGCCCUGCACCGGGCUAGAGACUGGACAGCCAAAGUGGAGGCCAUUCAGAAUGGUAGCAAUUACGCUUAUCUGGAGCAACUGGAAAGCUUGUCUGCAAAAGGCCGCCCAAUACCGGUACGUCUUGAGGCACUGCCACAGCUGGAGUCUCAGGUAGCAGCAGCACGUGCCUGGAGGGAGCGCACAGGAAGGACUUUCCUGAAGAAGAACUCAAGCUACACUCUGUUACAGGUUUUGAGUCCCCGGACUGAUAUUGGAGUUUAUGGAAGCAGUAAGAAUAGACGGAAAAGGGUAAAAGAGUUAAUGGAGAAGGAAAAAGAGAAGGAUCUUGACUUGGAAUCUCUGAGUGAACUGGAGGAUGGGCUUGAGGAAGCUAGGGACACUGCAACUGUGGUGGCUAUAUUCAGGGAGCGGGAACAGAAGGAGAUCGAAGCCAUGCAUGCCCUCAGGGCAGCUAACCUAGCUAAGAUGACCAUGGUGGAUCGUAUUGAGGAAGUGAAGUUCUGCAUCUGUCGAAAAACAGCUAGUGGGUUCAUGCUACAAUGUGAGCUCUGCAAGGAUUGGUUUCACAGUGGCUGUGUGCCACUCCCCAAAACCAGUUCCCAAAAGAAGGGCUCCAGUUGGCAGGCCAAAGAAGUCAAGUUCCUGUGCCCACUCUGCAUGCGUUCUCGAAGACCCCGGCUUGAGACCAUCCUGUCUCUGCUGGUGUCCCUGCAGAAGCUUCCUGUACGGUUGCCAGAGGGGGAGGCACUGCAGUGCCUGACAGAACGUGCCAUGGGCUGGCAGGACCGAGCACGGCAGGCUCUGGCUACUGAUGAACUGUCUUCUGCUUUGGCCAAGCUUUCUGUGCUCAGCCAGCGUAUGGUGGAGCAGGCAGCACGGGAGAAAACAGAGAAAAUAAUCAGUGCAGAGCUACAGAAAGCAGCAGCUAAUCCUGACCUACAGGGCCACUUGACUAGUUUCCAGCAAUCUGCUUUUAACCGAGUGAUAGGGAGUGUUUCCUCAUCUCCACGACAGACCCUGGAUUAUGACGAUGAAGAGACAGAUUCUGAUGAAGACAUCAGGGAGACUUAUGGCUAUGACAUAAAGGACAAUGUCAGUGUGAAAUCUUCCAGCAGCCUGGAACCGAACCUCUUCUGUGAUGAGGAGAUCCCCAUCAAGUCAGAGGAAGUGGUGACACACAUGUGGACGGCUCCCUCUUUCUGUGCUGAACAUGCAUAUUCAUCUGCUUCUAAAAGCUGUUCACAAGGUUCUAGCACCCCAAGAAAGCAGCCCCGGAAGAGCCCUCUGGUACCUCGCAGUUUGGAACCCCCUGUACUGGAGUUGUCACCUGGAGCUAAGUCCCAAUUAGAGGAUCUGAUGAUGGUAGGAGAUCUCCUAGAGGUAUCGCUGGAUGAGACCCAGCACAUCUGGCGGAUUUUACAGGCCACGCAUCCACCUUCAGAGGACAGAUUCCUUCACGUCAUGGAGGAUGACAGCCUGGAUGAGAAGCCAUUAAAAAUGAGAGGGAGAGAUUCUUCUGAGAGGAAACGAAAACGAAAGCUGGAAAAGGCAGAGCAGUUCUUUGGAGAAGUGAAGCAGAAAUCUAAAGAGUUGAAGAAACUGGAGAAGCCCAAAAAGAAGAAACUAAAAUUAACCAUGGACAAGACAAAGGAGUUGAACAAGUUGGCAAAGAAACUAGCCAAGGAAGAGGAGCGGAAGAAGAAACGAGAGAAGGCAGCUGCAGCAAAGGUAGAGCUAGUAAAGGAGAGCACAGAGAAGAAGAGAGAGAAGAAGGUACUAGAUAUUCCUUCUAAAUAUGACUGGUCAGGAGCUGAAGAGUCUGAUGAUGAGAAUGCUGUGUGCGCUGCCCAGAACUGCCAAAGACCCUGCAAGGACAAGGUAGACUGGGUACAGUGCGAUGGUGGCUGUGACGAGUGGUUCCAUCAAGUGUGUGUUGGCGUCUCUCCGGAAAUGGCUGAGAAUGAAGAUUACAUCUGUAUAAACUGUGCAAAGAAACCAAUGCAGGGGCCAAGUCGCCCAGUACAUGUAUCACCACCCCCUUUCUUACUGAGACUCGAGGAGGACCUCAAGGGGACAAGUUAGCAGCUAGUUGGUCUCUGGGAUUUGUUGGGAACUGGACCACUGAGACCCUACUGAAAGUGGGUGGUUUGAAGCUAAUGUAGCCACUGAGCCUCACUUCCAAGGAUGUACAGCCCUGCAGCAGAAAUGGUCCCUUCCUAAUAGCUGGCUUCCCCUGUACAAUGGUGAUGUCAGAGGCACAGUGGUACCAACUCAUCUAUGCAGACACCACCUUGUUACAGUUCCAGCCAAUGUUUUAACUCAAGUGUUUGCAGCAGUGAGUGUGGUGGCUGCCCUCAGAGACUGAACAAACAUGUGGCUGGUGGAUGGGACACUUUGGUGUGUUAGCACUGCGUUUAGGAAGUGGGGUUGGCCUGGAAUUGGUGGGCAGUGGCUAGAGCUUUCAGCUCUACCAGAUAUCUCCAUGGGGGCAUAUUAUCCAUGCAGAGCUUUUGGAAGUUACCUUAAGCCAGGUGGCCUCUCAUGUUAGCUGAGCCAAGAGGGCAGUGUAUGGGGAUAAUGAACCUGCCUCCAUGCCAGGGCAGCUCACACUACACUGUGGGAAUGGGAGUGGGUGGAUCAAUUGUUAGUUUCUCUUUUGUAGCUAGAGGGCAAAGGAGCUCAAGGUCUCAGAUAUCAGCACUGGUUCUGUUUACCAAAAAGAAACCUAACCCUACUCCACUAAAUAUAUUCUUUUUUUUUUCCUGAGGGGCACAGUCAAUCUUCCUGUCCUGAGCAUGGCCACAAAGCAUCAGUUAAGACAUCUAGCCAUGCCUGAGCUUGGAAAGCAGAGCGCUUCCCCAUUAAAGGAGUUGCUUCUCCUCUUCUAGGCUUCAUUGGUGUCCUGUGCCCCUGUAUGUUACAGUUGUCUGACAGGAUGAAGCUGGUGAAGAGGUGCAGUAACAUAGGAUCCAGCUUCUGUGAUCUGUACCCAGGGAUGAGGAAGAAAGUGGACAACCCACUUACCUCACAGGUUACACUGAUGUACUUCUGUGAGAACUUCCAUUCACAAGUAUUUCCAGUAUCACUAGGCUACAGAUAUGGCCUUGAGUGAUAUCAGCAAGCAGUCUGCAGAUACUGUCCAGAGCACAGAUCCUGUCCCUACUGGCUUUGCUGGAUACAAGCCUACAAUCAGCAGUAGUUCCUGUUUAAAGUUGUCCCUGGCUUUGCCAGGGGACAGAAGUCUUGGGUUAAUCCUGGGUGACAAUUGUUUUAGUAAAUCCAUUUUUAAAAGAGGACUUGUUUUUACUUUUUUCUAAAUGUCUCAGACUACUGACUUGUUCUAUAAAUAGAUUAUUUUUCUUUGAUUUUUUUAUACUUACCACUGUUACCAGCAGCACAAAGACAGAGGUUCACAAAGGAAAAACCUGCCCAUGGGCUUGGGUUUUUUUUACUCCAUUCCUUCCUUGUAGUACAAGGAAUUAGCAGUUACCUUCCGCAUCCUAGCCAGACCAGCUGCCUGUGUUUAAAUAGGUAAAUACAUUUCAUGUGCUACCUUCGUGUUUGGGUUUGUUCAUGUUAGUGGGGCACCUGGGGCCUUGCUGACUCCAGUCUUUGCUGGCUUUAUGUAUGUGAAUGUCUAAAGCCGGCCACUGUGCCGUCUCGCCCCUUUUCCUAUUGUGUUUCCAUUCUUUUUGCAGUUCUAGGAGUGUUGUAAGUAGUGUCCAGUCUUACUAGAAGCUGGGCUGGGAUUUAAAAAAAUAUUGACAAAAAUGA